UUGUGCAUCCUGUUUUAUGAAUUUUUUUCAGGUGAAAAUGGCUGCCUCUCUCAUCUAAAGCUCUGCUUAACGGAUUAAAUAAGCAUUGAAUAGGCGGCCCAAUUUGCACUCCCGCUUCGAGACGGCAUUUAUGGAAGCUUGGGCGUAGAUCGGGCAUCGGGAAGAUGUUGAAGCUGUCAGAAAAUGAAAACGUCCUCGAGUCGAAAUUAACCCUUCCCCGUCCUCCAUCCUCUAACAAAUGAGGUACGAACACUCACUUCUACGCUCCGCUGAUAGGCCCGCCUGCUCUACAAAAAAAAAUGAUGCAUCAAGUGACCGGCAGCAGCAGUGGGUAUUGUAUGAGUGGACUGACACAGGACUGUCACCCAGCCAGCCACUUUGACUUAUGUAGCACACAGUCCAACAAAUUCUACGCCUGCCCUACAAACCCUGGUUUGUCUCUCGCCGGCCUCGGCCCCUUGUCGCAGGGCAUGCAAAAGGCCGCCGCCUGCCAAGUGCAAGACGCACAGAACGACUUCCAGGCUCAGACAGUGAGAAUCAGGGGCAGUGAUGGUGCGGGGCCCGACGGCUCCAAGAAGAAGAAGGGCAUAGUGAAGUCGGGCCGGAGGGGGAGACCAUCGGGAACCACGAAGUCAGCCGGGUACCGCACCAGCACCGGGCGCCCGCUGGGGACCACCAGGGCGGCGGGUUUCAAAACCAGCCCGGGGAGGCCCCUGGGUACCACCAAGGCAGCGGGAUACAAGGUCAGCCCCGGCAGGCCCCCAGGCAGCAUCAAGAACCUAGCCCGGCUCAAGAAGCUGGAGUUUGGCUGUGACGCCGCCAAGAAACAUGACUUUAGCCACUGCAGCGUUUCUAAGAAACUGGACUUCACUACCUGUGACAUACCACCUUAUCCAUACACGGUGCUUGAGAAGAGAGACCUCUGCGAGCACAGUGACAAAGUAGACGAAAGCAGCGACUAGUUGUGCAGCCGUUUGUUCAGUGCAUGAGUAGGACAUGUGUCUGACGCGUGGGAGGAAAGAACUUUUUGUCAUUUAUAUAUGCUCUGACUUUUCACUGUACAAUAUUUGACAUUUUCUCCUCUUAUUGUAUGUGACAUUACUAGAAGUAUGUUUUCCAAAUUUGGCAGCAGUGCAUGUGUAAUAAUUACUCACACCAGUCAGUAUAGGCAAGCAAAAAACCCUUUUUGAUGUUUGGACAGUGAACCUUAUUCCCUGAGCAUUUUGUUUGAGUUGUGACAUGAUCUCGUACUCUGGUUCAACAUUUCUAUUGCCAGGUUUUUUGGACAUUUCUACAUUUUUACAACUUUUAGUACAGUAUUUAAAUUAGCUUUUUCUGAGCAUAAAUAUGUGGAUGUAUAUUUGUCCCUCUAGUCUUGUCCAUUUUUCCAUAGUUUGUAUUUUGAAUUUACCUGCAUCUGUAACAGCAACACUGCAAAACACCAUGAUGACUUUGACAUAGGAAUACUCGAAGUAUAUUAUUAUUUUCAUCGCAGUAUUUGUUGAUACGUCACUUUGUGAAUGGCGCUUUGAUUGUGUAUCGUAUUUGCUUGUUUUUGUCCUCAAACACGUAAUAAGCACUUAAAAAUAUCUUAAUAAAACAGACAAGUCCUGUUGAAUAUGUAAUAAAGGAAGAAGUGUUGUAUUUAAAAGCAUAAUGAAAACCGUCUUGUAAUUCUCCCUUUACACACAAGGGGGCUCAGGUCUUGAGACAAUACUUAUCGCCACGAAACAAUACGUUUAUUUACCCCCGAUUUGUUAAAUUAAAGCGCCCUGACAUCCA